CUUAUCGAGAGUUGCAUGAGGAACUGUGGCCCAAGGUUUUGCUCGCUGAUUGUCAGGAAGGAUUUUGUUAAGGAUGUACUGGCCAAGAUGCUGAAACCAAAGUACAAGGCACCCAUCGACAUCCAGAACCACAUCCUCAGUCUCAUUCAGGCAUGGGCAACUGCCCAUCAAGGACCAGUCGACGUGAGCGAUGUGCAGGAACUCUACAUGGAGAUGAAACGGAAAGGGUUAAUAUUCCCAACUCCAGAAGAGGAAUCCACUGGUUCUUGGAAAAACGGUACGAUUGUUGCCUCGCAGCAUGGUAACGCUCAGACCGCAUCUACAUCGACAUCUUCAGUCUGUUCUUCAGCAACCUCUCUCGCUCCUCAUCCCAGGAACACGAUCUCACUAGUCCCGGAGCAGGUGGCCAAACUGUACAGUGAGCUGGACAUGGUGACGAUGAACACUUUGGUUAUGUCAGCCAUCCUAACAGAGAAUAAGCCAGGUUCUGAGAAUGCUGACGACAUGGAGCUGUUACAGAGGUUGCAGCAGAUCUGUCGAGAGAUGCAGGAGAGGAUCACGGUGCUACUGUUGGACGUGGAGAACGAGGAGGUCAUCAGCCAUUUGAUCCAGGCGAGCGAUGAACUGAACAACACCUUUCUGCAGCAUGAGAG